ACAAAAUUCCAACGGUACGGAAAUGCAACACCAGUCCUACGGAAGCCGUAAUGGUUUCUCCCGAUGACGUUUCGGCUACUACAGAUGAGGGAUGUGGUUGACGUUUGAUAGCGGGAUACAAAUGGUUUGUUAAACAACGAAACCAACACAGAUCCCCGGAGUGGAUUCGGGUCUCGAGUAAGGAGGACUGGUGUGUUUUUAUCUUCUUCUGUGAGCUUUGGUGAGAAGAUGUUGGAGUCAUACGUCACCCCGCUCCUGAUGAGCUAUGUGAACAAGUACAUAAAGAACCUGAAGCCCUCUGACCUGCAGCUGUCGCUAUGGGGGGGCGAUGUGGUUCUCAGCAAGCUGGACCUGAAGCUGGAUGUACUGGAGCAGGAAUUGAAACUACCCUUUACAUUCAUGAGUGGUCAUAUCCAUGAACUGCGUAUCCAUGUACCUUGGACCAAACUGGGGUCGGAGUCUGUCGUAAUAACCAUCAACACCAUGGAGUGUAUCCUGAAGCUGAGAGAUGGAGCCCAGGAUGACCAUGACAGCACCUCGAGUUCGACCAGCCGCAGUGCCUCUGAUAGCUCCAAGGCUGUGGCCAAGCCCCGUCGCCUUCAGCAGGUAGCCCCCAGUGACCCGGACCUGCCCCCAGGUUACGUUCAGAGUCUGAUUAGACGGGUGGUGAACAAUGUAAACAUUGUUGUAAACAAUCUGAUCCUGAAGUAUGUGGAGGAUGACAUUGUGCUCUCAGUCAACAUUACCUCAGCUGAGUGCUACACAGUGGACGACAUAUGGGAGAGAGCCUUCAUGGACAUCACCACUCCAGACCUGGUUCUUAGGAAAGUUAUAAACUUUACAGACUGUACAGUGUGUUUGGACAAGCGGAACGCAAGUGGCAAGAUCGAGUUUUAUCAAGAUCCACUGCUUUACAAGUGCUCCUUCAGAACGCGUCUUCAUUGUACCUAUGACAACAUUAACUCAAAGAUCCCGUCUGUCAUUAAAAUCCAUACCAUGUUGGAGAGUCUGAAGUUGUCCAUUACAGACCAACAGCUGCCCAUGUUUAUCCGAAUCUUAGAGCUGAUCAUUGCCCUUUACUACGGGGAAAUAGGACAGAAAGAAGCUGAGGGAGAAGAGGGCCUCGGUCAUGGUGGGGACAGCGGAGCCAGUUCACCUGGCAUGGAUGUUGAAACCGAGGGGUCUCACCCGUUCUCAAGCCAAGAUGUCUACAUGCACUCUGUGGGUCCUGAGGGGGAAGACCAGGGCUGGGUGUCGUGGGCCUGGUCCUUCAUCCCAGCGAUUGUGGCCGCAGAGGAAGAAGGGGAGGACGGUCUUUAUCAGCAGAGAGAGAUUGGAGGCAAUCCCAACAGCCCCCAACAACACACCUCCAGAGACCCCAUAGUUUCCAUUGGCCUCUACUGCACCAAAGCUUCCAUCACCUUCAAGCUUACAGAAACGCAGAUGGAGAGCAGCUACUACAGUCCGCAGAAAGUCAAAUCCAGAGAAGUCAUGUGUGUGGAGCAGGAGGGGAUCACUAUUGAGGUGCUCAUGAUGGGGGAGCCUUUCUUCGACUGUCAAAUUGGCUUUGUGGGCUGCCGAGCUCUAUGCCUGAAAAGCAUCAUGGGAGUGCGGGAUUUUGAGGAAAAUAUCAACCGGCGUGAGGAGGAUGCAGUCUUCCUGAGUUGUGGGGACAGCCUCAGUAUGAAGGGCAUGACGUACCUCACCAACUCCCUCUUUGACUACCGGAGUCCAGAGAACAACGGAGUCCGGGCCGAGUUCAUCCUUGAUGCAGCUAAUCACAAGGAGACCUACACAGAGAUAGCUGGCAUGCAGCGCUUUGGGGCUUUCUACAUGGAUUAUCUCUACACAAUGGAGAGCAGCAGUGGCAAAGGCUCACAGGAGUUCCUGGUGUCGGGGAUGGAGGAGGCGGUGGCAGCCGUUGAAGAGACGUCCAUCAAGAGGCUGGUGGUGGGACCACUUAACAUCAGGCUUCACAGCAGCGCGGUGCACCGCAUUCUCAAAAUGAUUACCUGUGCCAUGGACCACGAAUAUGUGUCCUACUGCAGACCCCAGCCAGAAACCAUUAAGGAAAGCUCCGGACCAGCUACUCCAGAGGAGAUCUCAGACUUGGAGGAGUUCAUCCCGACCAGACUCACUUGUCUCACUUUGCUUCAAGUGUCGGUCACCGUCUCCAUGGCAGAGUUCAACCUUCUUCACACACUAAUGCCGGUCAUCAUGGGUCGUAAAGCUGGGGGGGUACCAGCCUCUGUCCCCGUGUUCCACCCACUGCACCCUCUACCUUCUGUGCAGUUCCAGGUAGAACGGGUAAAUGUUGAACACUCGGUGCCAAUGUACGGUCCAAAGCUGGUCUCUGCCGUCAGCAGUCUCAGUCAGCCCCCAGACAACCUGCUGCAUCACUGCUAUGCACAUCUCUACCUCAAGGUGUUUGGAUUCCAGGCUGGCUUGACAUGCAAAGAUAGUACAGGGGACUUUCGGCCUCUGCUUCCCAUCAUCCCCUCCUUCAGUACUGCCCUCUAUGGAAAGCUGAUUGAGUUGCCGGCCUUGUGGAGCAAAAGGUCAUCAGUUCCCACCACAGAGUGCAUUUUAGAGCUUCCUCACUUCACAAUUCAGGCCACAAGAGCGCAGACGCUUCUACUCCAAGCCAUCUACCAGAGCUGGACUCACAGCAUGGUUAAUGGAUCUCCAGUUACACUCAGCGAAAGCCUUCUCAGUGAGGUGUUCAAAGUUCCAGGUGUGAGAUAUCCAGGCCCGUCACCGACUCUCGAAGGCUUGGUCCAAAAUGUGGAGUUGAAGUUCUGCAGCCGUGCGAUGGUGAAAUGUGCCUCGGGAACUGUGGGAGCUGUAAAAGUAUGCGCCAGGACCCCAGGUUCAGCAGAAGGGGUGAAGGAGAAACUGGUUCCUCUGAUUCAGGGGCCGUCUGACACUAAAGAGCUCUACAUGAGUCGCUGGCUGAAUGAGAUCCGUAAACCUGAGUCUUUACUGGCUCCGGACCUGCUGGUGUUUUCUGUUCAAGUCCCCCAGCAAGGAGACGACUGCAGAAACUCAGGUGCAGUCCUGCUGGUCAGCGUUCAAGGGAUUUCGGUCAAUGUGGAUCCAGUUUUUUGCACCUGGUUGUUGUAUCAGCCUCACAAAGGAAGCAGCAGGAAACAGCAACAGAAUGCAGGUCCUGUUCCUCUGGCCAAGAAGAGAGAGGAUGACGUGUCCAUGGGGAGUACACCAUUGGCCAAGCAACCCUCCAACCAGGCGUCAGACUAUGCCAGCAGCCCUGUUAAAACAAAGACAGUGACGGAAUCACGUCCGUUGUCCAUCCCGAUGAGGGUGAUGCCCGACAUCACGGAUGAAGGAUCAUGGAGCACUUCAGAGGAGCGGAUGAAGGAACUCAUCAGUCAUGCCUGGGAUGCUGUUAAGCAACUCACUUUACAGUUGGAGCUGAAGUCGUGCUGUGUGUUCCUGCCCAACGACAGCCUCCCGUCUCCCAGCACCAUCAUCUGUGGAGACAUACCUGGCACUGUGCGAAGUUGGUAUCACAACCAGGCCUUCAUGCCGGGGACUCUGGUCAUCUGUCUGCCCCAGAUCAAUGUCCUGAGUGCGGGGCACAAAUACGUCGAGCCGUUGCAGGAGCUCCCUUUUGUCGUCUCUAAGCCAAUCUUGGAAGAAGGAGAUGCGUUUCCUUGGAGCAUAAGCCUGAGUCAGUUCAGCAUUUAUACUCUGUUGGGGCACCAGCAAAGCCUCAGUCUGCUGGAGCCGAUGGGAUGCACCUCCACCCUGGCAGUCACUUCCAAAGUGCAGAGCAGCUCAGAGGGAAGACCGUCCUUUGUGGUCUGCCUGCAUGUUGAUCUACAGCCCGUCCACGUCAAGUGUUCCAACCCUCAGGUCCAGCUUUUGUAUGAGCUGUUCCUCAGCUGGAGUUCCACCUGGGCACGACUCCAGAGACUUGUCAGCUUACGGCAGACCCCCAGCGUCCCAGACCCCCCAGCUGGUGCUGCUCCGUCCUCCCCAGUGCGUAGUAGUACUGGCACUGCCCUGCCUGACACCAGCACCUGCAGCCCCUCUGCAGACUUUGGUUCCCCCACUGAGGGCGACUCGGUACCAACAGGAGAUGACGGCCCGUUCGCUGACACCGUGACUCUGGAACAACAAACCAGCAGCAUCGAGGGAACGAGCGGCAAGGUCAGCCUGUGGAUGCAGUGGAUGUUACCAAAGGUCACAGUUCAGCUGUUUGCCCCCGAACCAGCUGCCAGAAAAACAGAGAUUUGUGUCAUCAGUGAACUGGAAGACCUGAGUGCCUCUGUAGAUGUCCAGGAUGUUUAUACAAAAAUCAAAUGUAAAGUUGGCAGCUUCAAUAUUGAUCACUACCGAUGCAGUAUGGAGGAGGGUGUUCAGAGCUCGGGCAGCUGUGGAGGAGUGGUCCUUUCUUGCACUGACAAGCUGAACAGACGCACUGUGCUGGUUCGACCCGUCAGCAAGCAAGAAUCUUUUAGCCACUUCUCUGGCUUUUUCCCUCCUACGGCAGCUAAAGUGCUGGAGGGCUCUCAUCAGCAGCACGGCUUCCUGGCCAUCACCUACACUCAGGCCGUCACCAAAAACGUCCGACACAAACUCAUCACACGGCCAGAGCGGCCGUCGCGCAGCAGCGUGACGGCGGCCGCGGAUCCUCUGCUGGACAGCUCGCCUCAGUACCUGAGGGAGAUUCUGCUGACCGCCCAGCCCUUCGAUGUGGUCCUCUCCUUUCCCCUACUGGCCACUGCAGCAGGAGUUUUUCAGGUUACAGUACCACGGCGCUACAGAGAGCAUGGGAAAUCAGCGGGUCAGCCAAUGAGAAGCCACACACUGACCUCCCGAAGUUUACCUCUCAUUUACAUCAACACCAGCGUGAUCAGAGUCUUCUGCCAUGGAAUGCAAGACAAACCCUCUUUCCCAGAUCCCAGUGAGAAGAAAGAAAACACCCUCGUUUUAAAACUGGGUUCUCUCAGCAUGGCGCCUCAGGCGGACAAUCCACUGACCCGGACGGUGCUGAGAAAAGACAUCUACCAGCGUGCACUAAACCUCGGCAUUCUGCGUGACCCCGGCUCUGAGGUGGAAGACCGUCAGUAUCAGGUCGACCUCCAGUCGAUCAACAUCGGAACCGCUCAGUGGGAGCAACUCAAGCCAGAGAAGGAGGGACUCAAAGGUGGAGCAUCGGUGGAGAGCGAGAGGAGCUCCCAGAAUCCAGCACUGGAGUGGAACAUGGCCAGCAGCAUCAGGAGACACCAGGAGCGCCGGGCCAUCCUCACCCCCAUCCUGACAGACUUCUCGGUUCGAGUGACUGCUGCACCAGCCAUCAUCUUUAGCAGGAGUCUCUCCAUCGACUCUGGACCAACUGAGGAGGUGGUGGUGUGUGGCCACUCUCUGGAGGUGAAUGUGACCAGCAGUCUGGAUUUGUACCUCAGUGUCGCCCAGAUUCACCUCCUUCAGCAACUUUUGAAGGACAACAUGGUCGGCCUGGAAGCUUCAGAGAAAAACACGGAGGUGCGUCGACAAGAGCGAAAGCGAAGCUCCCAGGAGCCUGCAGUGGGCGCGGACUCGUCGCCCCGUCACAGUGGGGCUGGGCAUGACAGCGGCUUUGGCAGUGACAGCGCUCGCAUUCGUAUCGUUCAAAUCGAGCAGCAGAGUGGAGCCAGCCAUCACUGCAUAGCUAGACCCUCUCGCAAGUCCACCAUCACCAAGAACCUCAGCUUCAUCCCUUUUGACAUCUUUAUCACUGCCAGUAAGCUUUCUCUCAUGACCUACUCCUGCUGCAGUACCCCAAAGUCCAUUCCAACUUCAUCUGAUACCCCAAGCACUCCAGAGAAAAAGGAUCCAGGGGAAAAGGUGGGAAAGAGUGUCCUCAAUCAUCCUGAAAUCACAUCCGAGUCUCCUCCAGCCUCUGCCUCCCCCACUCCAGAUCCUGGGAAGGCUGCCCAGGGCUCACUAGCAGGCCUCACAGCGGAGGACAUCCUCAACAGCAAUACCUCUCCGGCAGCAUCUCCACUACCCAGAAGAAGUCUGCUUUCUCUGGAUGGCCUUCCCACUCCCACCCGCUCCUCAGCCCGCCAGGCUCUGGGUGUCACCAUAGUGAGGCAACCAGGAAGGAGAGGGGCUGGGGACCAGGUCCUGGAGCCCUUCCUGUUCCUCCAGGUCAUGCAGCCCUCUGUUCUGCUCAGCUGCCACCACCGCAAGCAGAAGAUGGAGCUGUCUGUGUUUGACAUGUCCUUAAGAGGAGUAGCCUCUGACUACAAAUGCUUAGAUAUAGGAAAAACGUUACCAGAAGCGCUUGACUACAACGUGUUUUGGAUUCAGACGGUAGCAGGAGAUGUGGACAGUAGAACGGGGAUCCCUCCCCCUCUGCUUUGCCUCCGGAUUAAAGAUUUCCUUAACGGACCAGCUGAACUAAGUGGGCAGCUUUCACGGCCACUGAAACUCAAUCUGACUUUGACAAAGCUGGAGCAGACCAAAGCCUACCUGAAGAAAGUAUUCCCCGUCCAGAAAUGGGAUACCAUCUCUAAGUCUACCUCUGCCGCCUCCUCUUCUCAUUCAUCCCCAACAAAGACACCACAAGCCUUCAUCCCUCGUUCUGACCCUUCCCAUCAGGGCUCGUCAUCAGCUAAAGCCAGCAGCAUCAAGACCCUAGCCCGAUCCUUCCAUAAGGUGUCGGUCCACACAACUCAGAUGGUUGUAACCAUGGAGACAGAAGGCCACGCACUGAAGCCCAGCUUGACUGUAUCGCUUUCAGCCAUGACAGGAAGUCUGCAAGUGAAGACAGCGCCCAGGACAGAAGAUACCGUCCAGUCUGCCUCUCUGCUGCUGAAGCUGAAAGACGUUCUGGUGAAGACGGGCUUGAGGAGCCAGACUCGUGUUCUGCUGGGCCCGUUCUCCUGCAGCAGCUCCAUGGAAGCUCGCUGGUGCCGGCACAGCGGCAGCCCUGGAGCUGAACCUGGACCCCCUAAGCUGCUCCUGGACCUUAAGGGCGGUCUGCUGCAGAUCUUCUGGGGCCAGGAACACCUGAACUGCCUGAUGCUGGUUGAGGAGCACCUCCGUGCCUACUUCCGCCCCCAUAAAGAGGAUCUGGCUGAUGGCUCCUCGAAGGGAAAGGCUUGCCACACUCAGCCUCAACCCUCUCCCUCCUCUCCCUCCCCCCGGACAGAGCACAGCUCGGAUGACCUGCGAACAGGACACUUUCAGUACAUUCAGGACUCAGGUUCCCGGAGACUGCCUGGACCCCAUGAGGUGGUGUUUUACAGUGAGACGGAGGACAGCCCCGGGGUGAUGCUGUGGAGAUACCCUGAACCUCGUGUUCUCACCUUUGUCAGGAUCACGCCUGUUCCUUUCAACACCACCGAAGACCCGGACAUCAGCACUGCUGACCUGGGAGAUGUCCUACAGGUAGAUCAGACCUGCCUCCGAAACCAAACUCCAGGAUCCCUUUCUUUAGACCAGAGGUGUUAAACUCAAAAGUGCAAG